AUGUCACUGCCACCCUUGAAGCCUGCCAACCUGAACCCCAACAAGGGCAAAGACGAACCAUUCAUUCUCCCCCCAAACGUCACUUCAGCUCAAUUCUCGAAAUUCCUCAAACGCUGUCGCGAAAUAUGUGGUGUCGAGAACGUCCAGGUCGUUGAGGCCGAAGAACAGUUGGUCGAUGGUUCAUACUAUGAGCCUAACAAGACGCAUGACAUGCACCAUAUUGUCGAUAGAAACUAUUUUGUCUGCUCUGCGACCAUAUCUCCUCGGGCGGUACCUGAAGUUCAGGAUAUGAUGCGCUUGUGUAAUGAGUUUGAAGUCCCUGUAUGGCCGGUCUCUAUUGGACGUAAUACGGGCUAUGGUGGUGCAGCGCCACGAGUGCCUGGCAGUAUUGUUCUUGAGUUGGGCAAACAUAUGAAUCGUGUUCUGGAGGUUAAUGCUGAAGAUGCCUAUGCUUUGGUUGAGCCUGGCGUUACGUUUUUUGCGUUGCAUGAAUAUUUGGAGAAGAACAAUCUCAAGGAUAAGGUUUGGAUGGAUGUGCCUGACCUCGGCGGAGGAUCUGUCCUGGGCAAUACCAUUGAGCGUGGUGUGGGAUAUACGCCGUAUGGAGUUGUUCUACCAACCGGCGAACUGAUUCGCACGGGUAUGGGUGCCAUGUCCAACUCGCGUGACGUUGCCAAGGGUAUAAGACCCGAUGAACAGACGCCAAAUAAAGCAUGGCAACUGUUCAACUACGGCUUCGGGCCAUAUAAUGAUGGCAUAUUCUCACAGAGCAGUUUGGGUAUAGUUGUGAAGAUGGGGAUCUGGUUAAUGCCUAACCCAGGUGGAUAUCAAGCCUAUAUGAUUACAAUCCCUACGGAUAAGGACCUCAAGACUGCCGUUGAUAUCAUCCGUCCUCUUCGCACACAAAUGGUCCUCCAAAACGUCCCGACUCUACGAUCUAUUCUUCUGGAUGCCGCAGUCGCGAACCCGAGAUCCCAUUUCCUAAAAGAAGAUCGACCCUUCACCGACCCAGAACUAGACCAAAUCUGCAAAGACCUUGAUCUCGGUCGUUGGAACUUCUACGGCGCUUUAUAUGGACCGGGGCCCGUACGAGAUGUUCUCUGGAGUACAAUCAAACAGGCGUUUUCAGUCAUUCCAGGCGCCAAAUUUUACUUUCCAGAAGACCGCAAGGAGCCAUUCUCAGUCUUGAAAACUAGAUCAUUGACUUUGCAAGGUAUCCCGACAUUUGAUGAGCUCAGAUGGGUAGAUUGGUUGCCUAAUGGCUCGCAUCUGUUCUUUUCUCCCAUCGCCAAAGUGUCGGGAGAUGACGCCAUGUUGCAGUAUUCUGUGACUUUAAAACGGUGCCUGGAAGCUGGUGUGGAUUUUAUUGGUGACUUUGUAAUUGGUAUGAGGGAAAUGCACCACAUCGUAUGCAUCACAUUCGACAAGAAGAACGAAGAGUCAAAACGAAGAGCACACUGGCUCAUCGAGACGCUGAUCAAAGACUGCGCUGAAUACGGUUGGGGAGAGUACCGCACUCAUCUAGCUGUUAUGGAUCAAGUUGCCUUGACAUACAAUUUCAAUGACAAUGCACAGAUGAAGCUAAACGAGCAGAUCAAGGACGCUCUUGAUCCAAAGGGUAUUCUUGCACCCGGAAAGAAUGGUGUAUGGCCUAAAAAUUAUAACAAGGAGGAGUGGAGAAUUCCCAAGAGCGUUACUCUGGGAUAA